AGGGGUUCGCUGGAGCGUGCAAACGGGGUGCACAGUAAAUUAACAACACUUACCAGCAUACAGCAGUCUGCCAACAGCUUCAGAUCCAGAGAGUGCGUAAAAGAGUUAUGGGAGAAGUUGAUUUGAUCAGCGGGCGUGGAUUUCCCGUGACCGCCGAAACCCCAAUCGAGUAAGUCCCUCAUUUCGACACUUUUCCCCCGCUUCAACUUUAUCAAACGUUAUCGAGCAACCACCACGACUCAAUUGCUGUCUCGACAACCCGGAAUCAUGUCGUCAAUUCGCCGGAUGUCCCCAACGGACCUCUUCUCUCUUAACCUGACGAAUCUCGAUCCCCUAACCGAAAACUACGACCUGGGCUUCUACCUGAACUAUUUGAUGCGAUGGCCGUCCCUCUUCAGUAGCGUGCAGGAUCGCAGGGAGGGAAUCGCCGGAUACAUAAUGGGCAAGCUCGAAGAACAACACCCCUCCAUGAAACAUUCAGAACAUUACACGCCGUGGCACGGCCAUAUCACUGUUUUGACAGUUGCACCUGCAUGGCGACGUCUUGGCCAUGCGCGCCGUCUCACGGAACGCCUAGAACAGGGAUCGGAUAUCAACAAUGCUUGGUUUGUGGAUCUAUACGUGCGCGCAGGGAAUAAAGUUGCAGUGGAUAUGUAUAAGGGAAUGGGGUACUCCGUAUUCCGGCGUGUCGUCAAUUACUACAGCGAUGAUCCGACGGGGAUGUCAGAAUCGGGAGAGGAUGCGUACGAUAUGCGGAAGCCUUGUAGCCGGGAUAAGAAAUUGGAGCAUAUUCGAGAGAAUGGGGAAAAUUUCCCUGUUAGUCCGGAGCAUGUUUCUUAGCUUCGGUUCGAAGUGAUUUAGCAUUCUGGUGUUUGGGAUUUGCGUCUUCCCUGUUUACCAGUUGUUUUAUCUGGCAGUUGAUAUCCAAAUGUACUGUUUUAAACGUUUAUUUGAAGAGACAUGGCAAAAUGUAUAGGAUAUUUGCUAAUUAAUAGGUGCUAUGUCCGAUGCCUUUUUAAUCUAUAAUGCCUAUAUAUGGCUCGCUCUAUAAUGCACUUUUAACACCAACCCUAGAUCUGCGUUGCUCUUUUAAAAUAAGACCACGUUUCGUGAUACAAUACGCCAUGUCGAAAAAAUGGGCUUAUGGAAUUGCCGAAUAAAUGUUGGAAAAUUAAUGUUGCAUGCAAGCGGAAACACUCCAACGAGAUAUAAUCCCAUGG